AAGUGAUUUGUCAACAGGAAGAAGAUUCUGCUUCCAAAACUGUCUGUCUUCAUUAGAAGCUGCAGAGAAACAACUUCUGACACUGGAGGAUUUCUCUUCUCAUAAAAGGCCUGCAGCAUUUUAAGAGGGAGACCUGUAAACAACAGGUGUUUAAAUUGUCUGCAUGCUUCAUUCUUCUGAUUGUCUUCUUCUAAAGACUUCAAUGUGUCCACAUUUGGUUUGGAAAGAUGGGAGAUGUUUCAAUAAAAAGUCACUAAUUCUGUUGAUAACAUUUUCUUUGUUGACGUGUUGUGGCCAACAACUGAAUGAGCUCAAGGUCUCAUUCAGUGGGGUCAAAGGUCAAAGCUGUAACAAGCUUUGAAUAAACGUACAGAGCUCCUUGAGGCACUUCCUGCUCUGUCACUCAACAAGACCCUCUUUCAGUUUCACAUGUAAUCAGCUUUGAGCCUGUGGCUGUGAAAAAAAAGAAACGGAUGUGAACCCGCUAACGUUCAGCUAACGUUCAGACACACAGGAAAUUUAAGAAGGGUGGAACCUGAUGCUGCAUCAAUUUCUAAACACUUUCUGUUUUGAUGUUCGUUUUACAAAAUAACGUUAAUAAUGUUUUCAAGGUUGACUUUUUGGUUGGUGUCUUGGAUUAGUUUGCUUUGUGACUUCCACGUGUCAAGUUGUGGUACAAACUGCUCAGAUGCUCCCGUGUUCAGUCCGUCCAGGCUCGUUGUGAAACACGGAGACUCGGCCUCUGCCACCUGCUCCGUGUGUCGGUCCUGCAUCAACCAAAUAUCUGGUUUGGAAACAUCAGUGGGAGACGUUACAGAAAAUGGAACCGUGAUUUCAUGGAACGUCACCAGUUUGACCCAGUGGACGAUAACGCCCAUGUGUUAUUACAGCGAUCCUGAUACUGGUGACCAGUGUUGUACAGAGCUGCCUGUUACUGUUUACAAGCCUCCGUCCAGCGUGUCCAUGGCUGUUUUUAACCACUCUGGGCCGCUGUUGGAGGGCGGUCAGUACACUCUGCUGUGUAGAGUACAUGAUGUGGCUCCUGUUCAGAACCUCGCUGUGACCUUCUACCGAGGACACACAGCCCUGGAUCUGUCACGGUCCAACAGUGACGCACACAAACCAGUGAAUGAGAACUACACACUCAACGUCACCAUGAGGAAAGAAGACGAUGGAGCCCAGUUCUGGUGCAAAGCUGAGCUGGAGCUGGGACCAGGAGGACCACAGCGCCCCCCAGUGGUGACGUCACAGAAGAUCACCGCCACUGUCCACUACAAACCCAACCUUCAGGUGGCGUCACAAUCACGUGACGUUACUGUCACUGAGGGCGAAGCUCUGCGACUGAGCUGCUUGGCUGACGGAAACCCCCAUCCCUCCUACACCUGGACGCUCCCAGCGAGCCGGUCCUCCCGGACCAGCAGCGACCUCAGCGUCGCCUCUGUGACCCCUGCGCACGAGGGCCGAUACACCUGCUGCGCCAGGAACAGCGUGGGCGCCGUGAACGUCACCUUCACGCUGACUGUCCAACGUUUGGAGCGAACGACGGUCACACCAUCCACCACGCAGACAGUGACCACCGCUGAGCCCAGCGGCAGCAGCUCCUUCAGUCCGUCUCUGACCAGCGGAGUGCUCGCCCUGCUCUGCACCUCCUCGCGCUGCUCUCAUCGACUGGGAAUCAUGUUUUCCUGCUACGGAUCUUUGGCCGUCUUGUUGCUGAGCAUCGUGUCCGACUCGCACGUGUCCAGCUGCGGUACACUCUGCUCAGAUGCUCCCGUGUUCAGUCCGUCCAGGCUCGUUGUGAAACACGGAGACUCGGCCUCUGCCACCUGCUCCGUGUGUCGGUCCUGCAUCAACCAAACAUCUGGUUUGGAAAGAUCAGUGGGAACCGUUACAGAAAAUGGAACCGUGAUUUCAUGGAACGUCACCAGUUUGACCCAGUGGACGAUAACGCCCAUGUGUUAUUACAGCGAUCCUGAUACUGGUGACCAGUGUUGUACAGAGCUGCCUGUUACUGUUUACAAGCCUCCGUCCAGCGUGUCCAUGGCUGUUCUUAACCACUCUGGGCCGCUGUUGGAGGGCGGUCAGUACACUCUGCUGUGUAGAGUACAUGAUGUGGCUCCUGUUCAGAACCUCGCUGUGACCUUCUACCGAGGACACACAGCCCUGGAUCUGUCACGGUCCAACAGUGACGCACACAAACCAGUGACUGAGAACUACACACUCAACGUCACCAUGAGGAAAGAGGACGAUGGAGCCCAGUUCUGGUGCAAAGCUGAGCUGGAGCUGGGACCAGGAGGACCACAGCGCCCCCCAGUGGUGACGUCACAGAAGAUCACCGCCACUGUCCACUAUGAACCUCGGCUGGAGGUGUCACCACAUUCCACCAAGCUCCGCGUCACAGAAGGAGCCUCUCUGCUCCUGAACUGCUCGGCUGUGGGGAACCCCGGCCCAUCGUACAACUGGACCGUCCCAGAAUCUCAGAACCGCCCCACUGACAGCAGCAGCCUCUCCAUCCAGUCUGUGUCCUCUGAGGACGGAGGGACGUACGCCUGCUCCGCCAGCAACGUGCUGGGGAGCGUCCACGUGACGUUUCAUGUGGAAGUCAGACCCAACUACACCCCGUACAUCAUAGCUGCUACGGUGGUCGCUCUUAUUGUGGUCAUCGUCUGUGUGUCUGUGUGUUACGUUAACUACUACAAACACAACCGAAUGGGCCAGUACAACAUGAAGGACGUGUUUCGUCUUCACAAACAACUCAUUCCCGUGACCAGCACAUGACGGACCGCCUGGAGCUGCUGGGGUCUGAAUUGUGUCAUCAUCCACUGGAGUCUGGAGCCUUUUAUUCAGCUGCUGUUUUCCUGUUGUGGCUCCACUGAUGCUUUCAGGUGGCACAAAAUGCUUAAAAUAGUACUCCCAUCAGUGUGGAUAGAGUCACUAAAUGGAAUCACGCAUACAGCAGUAACACACACCUAUUUAUUAAUGCCGUUCAUUAUACCCACACAUUAAAACGUUUUUAAAUAGGUUGUAGACCUGUUCAAACUGCAGUUUUAUGUAGUUUAGUUUAAUUAAAUAUUCAUUUAACAUUAUUGUGUAGUGCAUUGUGGAAAGCAGCUUUAACAUUGUGUCAUUUUCUUUUCUACAUAGUUUACAAUGUUUCACACUUUGAAUUGUUCUCCGUUUGGUGGCGAUUUUAAGUUGUGUUGUUGGUUUGAAACUUUACAGCUGUGUGUGUGUGUGUGUGUGUGUGUGUGUGUGUGUGUGUGUGUGUGUGUGUGUGUUCACAACAUUAUAUGCACGUGGUGCUACUUAAGUAAAAACUGUACAUAACAAAGAUGGUUAAAUAUUGUGAAUAAAUAAAUGUUGUUUCCUCCACUGUUAA